UCGAUUCGGUGUAUAAAUGUGCGAAGCGUACUCGAAACACGUAUUCAGUUGAUCAAAUCAAUCCAACAGAAUGGCGUUCAACAUCAAAAACUUUCUUUUUCUCCUCGUGAUUUUCAACGUUCACUUAAUUCAAUUGAAUUUGGCAGACGAUGAUUACACUAUCCUCUAUGACCGUGUGGAAUUGUUCAACGGCACCGGCGAACAUUUCGAAUACAAAAUUCACAAUGUAAAAAAGGACGAUGCGAAGAACAUUUUCACCGUUGAUGCUAUGCUCGGGAUUAAGCAAGACAUCAGCAACGAUUGGAAGGUAUCCAUCGAAAUCUUUAAACUUGAUGAAAGUACCAACGAAUAUCAAUCGCUGUUCGCCCUGCCAAAGUUUGGCACAUGUGCUUUUAUGAAGACCAUUUACAAAAAGUACUUUUAUGACGAAAUUUCCAAAUAUUCAAAUUUACCGAGCUACGAUGUAUGCCCAGUUCCACAGGGUAAAUACGAAAUCAAAGGCUAUCCAAUCGACAUGAACAAAUUCGAACAUCUGAAGUCAUUCGCCCAACCUGGAUCCUAUCGCCUGGACUGGUUCAUGAUCAAAGACGAUGUUGCUGUGUACGGAGUUAGUAUCUACGGGCAAAUUGCCGAAAAGGAGUAGACUGUCUGCUUUGCCUUUCAAUUGCACUAUUUGAGACUGUCGGUCAACUAAGACACUAGUACUUUACACUUAAUGGACUGGCAUUUGAGGAAAAACUUUUGCAUUUUAAUCCACAAUCCCAUUCUCAAAAUGUUGUUCAGAAAAACCAACAUUAAAUAUACUUUGAAAUA